AUGUUGAUUGGCAUCUGCGGUGCAAAAUGCGCCGGCAAGAGCACGGUCGCCCAAUACCUCAUAGAGCACCAUGGGUUCAAGAAGCUUCAUCUAGAGCUUUCGGAGGAUAAGACCAGCCAGAAUGGCGUUAAGGGCACAGCACCCUCAGACUCUGAGGAAACGGGCCCAGCUGUCAACGGUGGCCAUGUCGCCUCACUUCCUUACCACACCAGGAACUCACCGCCAUCUCACACCUUCACCACCACCGCGGCGCUGCUCGACUUCGUGACCAAGUCCUGGCGAUCCCGCUGGGUCAUCACCUCGAUUCCCAACGAGGCGGUGCUGGACGCGCUCGCGCGCCGGCCCUUCUUCAUCCUGAUCUCGGUGGACGCCCCGCUGACGGUGCGCUGGCGGCGGCACCAGGCGCGCCACGCAGCCUCCUCUCCGCCGCCGCCCACCACAGCGAUGUCGCUCGAGGACUUCGUGGCCGAGUCGGACGCGCACCUGUACGCGGCGGCGGGCGGGGUGCUGCCGCUGAUGUCGCGGGCGACGAUCCGGCUGCUCAACACGUCGGGCGACCUGGCGCACCUGUACGCGACGCUGGGCAAGCUGGACCUGACGGACGGCGACCGGCUGCGGCCGAGCUGGGACGCCUACUUCAUGUCGCUGUCGUCGCUGGCGGCGCGGCGGUCCAACUGCAUGAAGCGCGCCGUCGGCUGCGUGCUGGUCGGCCCCAGCCGCCGCGUCGUCAGCACGGGCUACAACGGCACCCCGCGCGGCGUGCGCAACUGCAGCGAGGGCGGCUGCCCGCGCUGCAACAGCGGCGAGACCAGCGGCGUCUCGCUGGCCACCUGCCUGUGCCUGCACGCCGAGGAGAACGCCCUCCUCGAGGCCGGCAGGGAGAGGAUCCGCGAGGGCAGCGUCCUGUACUGCAACACGUGCCCCUGCCUCACGUGCAGCAUCAAGAUCGUGCAGGUGGGCAUCAGCGAGGUGGUGUACAAUCAGGGGUAUAGCAUGGAUGGAGAGGCCGCCGAGGUGUUCAGGAGUGCAGGGGUCAAGUUGAGGCAGUUCUCACCGCCGGCGGAUGGUUUGAUCCACCUGGAGAAGAUGGAGUUGUAUUAG